ACAGCUCACUUGGGGCUCUCGCUCUUCCUACCCAAUGCGCCAAAGUUAGGCGCUUUAACUUCCAAACCUUCCAGCUGACAUAACCCCCCCCCUCCCCAUCACCCUCCUCUCCUGAAGACAACCAUCCCCUAAGCGAUCACCAACUGCCACAACACACACACACACACACACACACAAAACAACAACAACACAAUAAAACAGAAGGGGGGGAAUCAGUCCCCCAGAAGCCCAGCCCAGCACUAAGACCACUUGGGAUGUGGCCGCUUCUCCCUCUAGUCGGUGUGUUACAUUCCUGAAGAGCGUAAUCUCAGUCCAGCUGAACCACGUCGCUGGGACUUUAAGAAGAAUUUCUGGGGGGGUGAUUUCCCCCCCCCCAACUUUCUCUGUCGGAGCAAAAGACUUCCCCGUUGUUUGUGAAGGAGAGUCCUGCGCCUUCCCGGAGGGAGAAGACCGAGCCGGCUGCGGCAGCUCGCGGGACUUCGCUUCGCUCAGCCCAGAAAAGGGGGUGGCCUGGCUUUGAUUUGUGUGUGUGUUUGAAACCCAGCCGCCCCAGACUGACUCCGGAAUGGCAACUUUACCAGGGACAGUUCCCAGAAUGAUGCGCCCCGCGCCGGGACAGAACUACCCCCGCACCGGCUUUCCUUUGGAAGUGUCGACUCCUCUGGGCCAGGGCCGAGUGAACCAGCUCGGGGGGGUGUUCAUUAAUGGGCGACCUUUGCCAAACCAUAUCCGCCACAAGAUAGUGGAGAUGGCCCACCACGGCAUCCGCCCCUGCGUGAUCUCCCGACAGCUGCGAGUCUCUCAUGGCUGCGUCUCCAAAAUCCUUUGCCGGUAUCAGGAGACCGGCUCCAUCCGCCCCGGAGCCAUCGGAGGGAGCAAACCCAGGGUUGCCACUCCCGACGUGGAAAAGAAAAUCGAGGAAUACAAGAGAGAGAAUCCGGGGAUGUUUAGCUGGGAAAUCCGAGAUAGACUCCUGAAAGAUGGGCACUGUGACAGGAGCACUGUUCCCUCAGUGAGUUCGAUUAGCCGGGUGCUACGAAUCAAGUUCGGGAAGAAAGAGGAAGAGGAGGAGUGUGACAAGAAGGAGGAAGACGGGGAGAAAAAGGCGAAGCACAGUAUAGACGGCAUUUUGGGCGACAAAGGUAACAGGCUGGAUGAAGGCUCAGAUGUUGAGUCUGAACCGGACCUACCCUUGAAACGCAAGCAGCGCCGUAGCCGGACCACCUUCACGGCCGAGCAGCUGGAGGAGCUGGAGAAGGCCUUUGAGAGAACCCACUACCCAGAUAUCUACACACGAGAGGAGCUAGCCCAGAGGACCAAACUCACAGAGGCCCGAGUACAGGUAAGGAUGAGAGUCAGGACAUGUCUGAGUCCCCUGAUAACACAGCAGCCAGGGGACUCUCUAGGUCCAUUGACCUAG